UAGAAGUAAUUGAAUUGAGAAAAAAAAAAAAUCAAUAAAGUUACAAAAUCAAUAGCUUUGAUCAAGUUUAUAUUUAAUAAUGGGUAAUGGAAUGAACAAGGUUUUACCAGGUUUAUUUAUUGGUAGCUUAGAAGAUUCACAAGAUGAGAAUCAAAUAAAGAGCAAUAACAUCACUCAUAUUCUUUCAUUACUUGAUGAACCUCCUGAACUGAAACCUUUUUUACAGAACCUAAAGUACAAAUCAAUUAUCAUACAAAACCUUCCUGGUCAGAACAUGAUGCAAUAUUUUCACGAGUGCAUUGCAUUUAUUCACAGAGGGAGGUUAUCUGAAGGCAAUGUCCUUGUGCAUUGUGACACUGGAAGUUCUCGAGCAAGCACUGUUUGUAUAGCCUACAUAAUGACUAUAGCAGAUGUAGACCCAAGGUCAGCUUUACGUUAUUUAAAAGCAAUGAGGAAUAUUGUCAGACCAAACCAUGGGUUCCGAAUUCAACUUGUGUUGUAUCAUCGCAUGGAAAUCUCGGAGGUCAGGGAUGCUUUGAUUGAAGUAUUUGGUGAUAUUAAUCCUGCAGAUGGAGCGGAAAUUAAAAAAGUUUUGGCUGGAUUAAGUUAAAAAAUUAUUUUUUGUUUUUAAUUUUUUUUUCAUUUUUUAUUUAACUUGGAAAAAGAAACUCUAGAUAAAUAGUUAAAAUCUAAUAUUUAUUGUCAGAAUUUUAAAGUAUUUGUAAAUAUAACUUAUUCAUAUAUAAAUAUGUUUAUUUGUAAAUAUUUAAAUGUUUAUAUAAUUUAAUCUGUAUGUAAUUUUUUUAAUUACGGAAAAAAGAAUUAUUAUUUAAAAUUAGAAUUUUGUUUCCACUUUUAUGCUGCUUUUGAAUAAAAUCAUCAACAUAUUGAACAGGUUUAUUAUAUCUGAAAUGUAGAAGCUCAUUUUCUUUUUUUAUAUGUAAUAUUUUUAUGUCUUGUAGUGAUCUCGUGUUUUUUAUUUCAUUUCAUUUUUUUUUUUUUUUUUUUUUUUUGAAGCAAAUAUUUUAAUUAAUCUCUAUUUAUUUUUAUUUUAAAUUUUAUUUGGAUUCUACUUAUAAAAUGCGUUUUCAGAGUAUGGGUUUUAUCCAUAAAGUCCAUUUAAUCGGUUGGAUUCUACUCCUAAAAUCCAUUUGUGGAGUAUGGUUCCCACUUAUAGAAUGCAGUUAUGAAAUUAUUUUAAGAAUUUAUUUGAUGCUAUUUAAAGAAUGGCACUAAAGCUAAUGUUUUGAAAUUUUUGUUGCUGUAAAUAUUUUUAAUAUUAUUUAUGCCUUUAUGAUGUUUCUAUUAAAA